ACAAAUGAGCCUCCAUUCGUAAUCACUACGACACACCGAUAUGUCUCAUACUAAUAGAGGAUGAAUGUCCUCAAUCUAAUCUAGCACUGAAGGAGAGUCUAUUCGCUUAGACCCUAGACUUGGAAUAUCAAUUUAGAGGUGUAGCUCACACAAUCUCCACCAUGGAGAAAGAGACCGCGGCCUCUGACUCGCGCAAGCCUUUCAGGGUGAUAGUCGUAGGCGGCGGCCUCGUAGGCAUCACAGCAGCCCACAUCCUCUCGAAAGCGAACAUAGACUUCGUGAUACUCGAGCAGCACGACAAUCUAACGCCGUGGAUCGGAUCGCUGAUCGUGCUGUGGCCUGCAUCCUACCGCAUGCUCGCCCAGCUAGGUAUCCUGGAUGAGAUGCUCCCUGUGCUAAACAAGCUAGAAGACUAUGAGACGCUGAACGCGAACGAUGGCUCAGUUCUGUAUCGCACGAGGGAAGUAGGGCAGAUGUGGGAAAGAAAUCACGGCCACGGAGUCGGCUGCACCGCGCGCUCCGAGUUCCUCGCCGUUCUCCACCGGACUCUCCCGGAGUCCGCGAAGGCGCGGAUCCGUCUCAAGAAGCGCGUAACAGACAUCGAAACGGUCUCCGACGGCGUAGUCGUACGCUGCGCGGACGGCACAGUAGAAGAAGGCUCCCUCGUGAUCGGAGCGGACGGCGUCCACAGCCGCACGCGGCAAUGCAUGCAGGCCCUAGCCACAGGGAACCAACAAGCGCCUCAUGACGCGGAGAGCCCGUAUAUAUCGACGUACCGGGUCCUCCUCGGCAACCUACCCGAAAUGACACAGCUAAAGCCGCACAACCAAUACCUCGCCAUCGGCCCGCGGGUCUCGGCACAGCUCGUCGCAGGUGAGGGGCGCGCAUGGUGGUACCUCUACGAAGCCCUCUCGGAACCGACGCGGCAGCGCCACCGGUACACCGCAGAAGACAAACAAGCGAUGAUGGACAAAUACGCCGAUCUGCAGGUAACACCGGACUACACGCUCCGCGACAUAUGCGCUUCCAACGUCGGAGACAUCGGCCUGAUCAAUCUCGAAGAAGGAAGUGUCGAUUCCUGGAGCUGGGGCGGCCGCAUCGUGCUAGUCGGCGACGCGGUGCGCAAGCUCUGUCCGCACGCUGGGCUGGGAUAUAACUGCGGCGCGGGGGAUAUCGUGGAGCUAGUGAAUAGAAUACAUCGCGUUUCCGCGGAAGGGAAACAGCCAAGUGCUGAAAUCCUUCAGGCCGAGUUCGACGAGUACGAAAAGACGCGGAAAGGCUUGGAGAAGACGGUGGACGUGAUCUCGCGCAUGUCAGCGCGGAGUGCGGCGUGGUUGAGCCGAAUGGACCGGUUCAUGGCGACAUGGGUGAUGCGGUUUUUCCCUAUCGUGAAAUGGUUAGUCAAUUAUUUGCUGGCGCCCGUCGUUGCGCGGGAACCUGCGAUUGAGUGGUUAGAGGAGACAGAGUUACCGCAAGGGGCCAAGCGGUGGGUUCACCGUCCCCUAUCUAAAGUGCGAUAAUCAGAUGUAGACAUAUCAAGUAGACGAAAUAGAUAAUAAAUGAAUCGCUAGAUGAGACGCAUAAUUGUAACCAGCGAUGCUAAAUUUGUCCUCUCAAACGCCGCGC